AUGUCGGAGGCUCGAGACCCACAAUGUUUUCAUCUGGCCAUGCUUGAUGCCUUGAGUGCUGCCCAGUCUGUCCGAGCUGGGUUGGACUCACAGCAGUACAGGAGAUUUAUCAACACUUGGACCAACUGGGCUCUCUUCUAUGUCUGCCAUCGUGUGAGCAACUCAGGCAAUGCAGGUGAACUGAUGAAGAAGAUAUCCAUGUAUGUUCAACAUGAGACGGAUGAGAUGGCAUGUGCAUUGAGGUACUUUACACUGAGUGACACCAUUUCAGGGUUGAGUACUGUGUUGAGUGUUGUGGCCAAGAACUGCCACAUUGAUGCACUGAGGAUCCUCCUCCAACAUGGGAUGCUGGAGAAAGAGAGAAGACCAAGCUACAUCAUUAAUGUCAUCUUGUUCACACCCCUUGCCCCUGGUGGAGGAGGAAUACAUCAAGGCCACACUGAUAAGGAGAAUGGCUGCAUACAGUUUGGGUUCCAUGUCAAACUUCUGUCCUUUAAGGUGCAAGUCAGAUCAGGACGGAUGCCUCUGACUGAGGACUGGAGUGACCACAUCCCCCAUGGCCGCUGUACAGUCCCCUGUGAGUUGAGUCACUUGUGCAGGGUUGCCAUAAGAAGGCGCCUUUUGAGCCGUGCACUGUUGCCCAAAGGCAUUUUUGAGCUGCCUUUGCCUGAAAGCCUCAAGAAGUACCUCAACCUGCAGGCCUGA